UCCUGUCUGACAAACAUAUUGGGGCAUCUCGAUGGGAUAUUUAUAAGAUAAUUUCGAAUACACAUAUGUUCAUAUAAUAUAUGUUAAUUGGCUUAAGCAAGCUCACCACUUUUUUAUCGUCGUUUGAGGGUUUGAAAAGCUUCAGUUUAACCGGAUUUUUAACCACUUAUGGAUAAAUAUGUUUCGCAAAUUUCCCAAACAAAACAAAACUAGUUUUCUCAUUUCUUGUUCUUAUUGAGUGAGUGCGAAAGAGAAAAUAUAAUUGUCAUUAGUUCCAAAAAAAUCCCAAAAAAACUAUUGAAAACGCGGUCAUUUGCGCUCAUACAAGGAAAAGCAGUUUCAAAAUUCGCAACACUCAGUAGCAGUUUUGUCAUCAUAUAUCGUAAAUCAGCAGCAGCACAAAAAAAUUCAGACCGUUCCGGCUUCGCACGGGUUUAAACAAUUAUUUCAAGAAUUAUAACACUUAUACACACUCUGCAUAUAUAUGUCCUUUUCCGUAUCUUGCGUGGGUUCAUUUUAAAAAAGUAAAAUGAGAAAAAUUCGAACAUGAAAUUAUAUCUUAUUUGCAAUGAGCUAAAACUUGAAUACGACUUCUAGUCUUUGGUGUCCGUUGUCUUUCUAUUAUAUUAUAUAGGCGUUGGGAACACUCAGAGCGAGCUUGUAUAUUUCUAAUAUUUUGUUCUUCAAGGCGCUGCACACGCUCCGUACUCUAACAUAACGGAUUAUAACUCUGCAAUUAUCUUUAGAAUUACUAUUAUAACAUGAACAAACGGACGUUUUCAAACCUUUUGAGUAAGGAAAAGGCUAAAUAUGAGGCAGAAGUUGCGAAGUUUCGCAAAUUAAAUGAAUCUUGUGUAUCAGAAAGCGAUGGUAUACUAUCUACAAGCGGAGCAGCAGUUUCUGAUGAAAUACACUGUGAUGCUAAAGAUGUAAAACUGCGAGAUGAAGAAGAAAUUAGGCAAACUGAGCGUAUGGCCACCCAACCCGCAGUUAACAGCAACGAAACAACAGAUACCGCAAUGGUACUGCAACAGAUUUUGGAGACCCUUGGUAGGUUGGAAUCUCGACAAAAGGAAAUUUUAAAUCGGGUUUCAGCUGUGGAAAGUGCUCUUGCUGAGAAGAUGCCCGAACGUGCAGAGGUGCAAGCGCAAGGGCAGAUAUUGCGGGAGUGUAAGGUGCUCUCAACAAAAACCCACCGUAGUAUAAGUCGCAUCACUGGCGAUGUGGGGAGCGAGGACCAAAUUUUGUUGCAAAGCUUACUCCCUAUUUCGUCAGAGGAAACACUAAAGAAGAUGGAGGAGCACCUUACACACAAGGCUCACGCUGACGCUAUGGCGCACAUCAUCUUCAAUUUAAAAUCGACCAACAAUAGCAUCGAAAAAGUGUUGCAGUCACUGUUUAGCGACGAGUUGGUGUGGCUAUACAAUUGCGAUGGAAAAGCUGGAAAAAAGGCGCUGAUCAAAUUAAAAAUAGUAGACCUCACUCUCGCUGCAUUUCCAAGUAUGCAUAUAGACAAGAUUUCAGCAAUUAAGCAUUAUGUUAGGUUAAGUCACAAUAGAUAUAAGCAAAUUAGGCGUAGCAUUAAGAAGAGUUUUUAAAUUUAAUUUUAGAUUUUGGUUUUUCAAAUAAUAUUUAUUAAUAAUUAAAUUUUGUAUAUACUUGAAUUAAAAGAAUACAUUUUUUUUUGUUCUAUUGUAUGUAAAUAAAAAACGAAUUUCACUCGUUUAAUGUACUCAUA